CACUGUUUCGGUUUUCCUAAUGGACAAGGAGCGAGAGGCCUGCGAAGCGCUUUUGCACGUCAUAGAUGAAUGCUCAAAAGGAUUUGAGCCAGCUUCCGGGCCAUAUCAAGUCCAGAUCCAGCUAUUGCGAAAUAUACAGCUUGCCACAAUUGAUGGGCAUGGCAUCAGAGUGGAGGAACUCGAACAGCUGUUGGCAGCAACAGCGACAACGGAAAGAGAGAACCUGUUGGUCGCCUGGUUAACAUGGCUAAACGAGCUAUUGGUUUCCAAAAAGUUAGAACUACUGGGUGAUAUCCAUCGCCUGGUGGAAUAUCUGCUCCUCCGGGUGGAACAAUUGCGGCCGGCUGAGCUGACUUUCCUAGUCACCCUACUAAAAGUGAUUCCUGGCACGGAAUUAAGGCACUAUUGGCCAAGGGUAGCAAUUCUUAAGCAGCCCAUGUCUGUGGAGACCUCCUGGUUACUUAUGCUAUGCCAAGAUGUCAUCUUUAUGGAACUAGAUUUGGAAUCGGAUGUCGAUACGUUGCCCCUGGCUGACCAGUUGGCGGACAAUCUGCUGCAACCCCAGUUCGAGGGUCGUUGGCUACAGUCGCAGGCAGAGGAGGUGCCCAUACAGUUAACACAAACGUUUCAGCUGCUGGUAAAGAUAAUUUCCCUACGGCCAGACUAUGCAGAGGAGCAUGCCUCCCGUUUGAUGGGUUUCAUUCUAGCUAACCUUCAGUAUGGAAGUGAACAACGUCUAUUGCCCUGGAGAGUGCAACCAGCACAGCAAUCGCACGUCCAUGUGCAGGGCGACGACGAGCCGGGAUCGAGCAACAACAACAGCAAGAACAAUCAAGGUGGCCGACGAACAAAGGCCAGAAAAAUGCGUUCUCUGACUAAGCAAAAGGCCAGCCAACAAGUAGACAAUCAAGUGGAGACAGCAUUAACAUCACCCAGGGACAGAUUACUGCUUCAAGGGAAUCUGGACUACGGAUGUCGCACCGGUGACUCUGAAGGCUUCACUCCCUCCGAAACGGAGUUGGCCCAUCCAGAGCAGCGCCAAAUCCAUCAUCUGCAAGCCAAAGUACGAGUGGCAGCACUGCAGUUGCUUAGUGCAUUAGCCAAACAGUUGCCUCGACGCCAGCUCUAUGGCUACUGGCAUGCAAUCUUUCCCAGUGACACGGAGCGUCGAGAUAAUUUACUUGCCAUGGGUCAAUUGGAUGGCAAUCCCCGUUGCCGGGCAAUGGCUUUGCAGGUGGCUGCCCAAUUGCUGUACGGCUCCAAGAUGUACUUGAAUCAGGCAAGUGCCAAGGGUCCCAGUAAUUAUACACCAUUUGCUGUCAGUUUGGCCAGUGCGGUGAUGUGUGCCUACCGGAAUCUCUCGACCAUCUUGCAACGUGAGUAUGUGCCGCCUGUAUUGACGCAGUGCCUCAAAUGUUUGGCUGUCCUGGUGCAAGCUACUCCCUUCGAGCAGUUGGAAAUGGGCUUUGUCUAUGAGUUUGUUCCUUACGUAAAGAAACUGGCUAAGCACAAUGAUACUCCAGUCGCAGUGUCCGCCUUGUUGGUGAUGGAAAUGCUGGUGGCCACACCCAAAUUAACCCAGGAAAUGGCCUGUGCUGUGGGACUGGCCACAACGCGUCCACUGCCAACAGAGCAACCCUAUGAAAGUGAGCUAAAAGAGUUCUGCGAUUCCGAUGAAGAAGAGGAAAUCGAGGCGUCUGAGGAAGAUAGAUUGGGCGAGCAGAUGAAGACUCUGGAGCAGCCGGUGCCCGUGCCGCCUAUACCACGCAACUCCUGGCUCCUGCGACAAGUACUCCGUUAUUUGGAAACCUCCUCAACAACUCCACCCUUGCGUUUAGAGUGCCUACAGGUUAUCAUGGCCAUGGCGACGCAUUUUGCCUUACUCCAGCUUCAUCUGAUUCGUCUAAGUCGUGUGAUCGCCUCCUGCCUACAAGAUCCCUCGCAGGAUGUGCGACUCUAUGCGGCUCGCUGUCUGGACACUUUGGGCUAUCAAAUGGCCCGUUAUUGCCAGGAUCAACAGUCGUCGGAGCAGGAACAACAUCUCGCCUUCUGGCUACGGCUUUUGCCUUUUAUUUAUGCCGCCUACAUGAAUGAGGCGAGCGCCUCGCUAAAAUGCUCCCUCUGCGAUGCACUGGCCAAUAUGGGAAGCAAUAGCUUUGACCGUCUCCCCAGACCGCAACGUAAUGGCCUCUUGGCCUUUCUCAGCGGCUGCAGCAGUGACGAUGCCGAGGAGCAUUUGGUACGCAGUGCUGCCUUGCGGGCGCUGGCCGUCUAUGUGCUCCAUCCCAGUCUGCGGUCCGACCUGGUCUUCAUCGAGAAUGCAGCCGAGUCGACUCUACGCCUAACGGACAAUACCCAGUUGGCUGUUCGUAUUAAAGCCGCCUGGGCUCUGGGCAACAUCAGUGAUGCUCUCCUGGUGGCUUCUGUUCAAACGGAACGCAUUUCGGAUGACCUGCUUGGACGUCUCAUUGUGGCAGCUACCAAGGCAUGCAGCGAUCAUGACAAGGUGCGAGCCAAUGCUGUGCGCUCGCUGGGCAAUCUUCUGCAACUGUUGCCUCCACAGGCAGAGCGGGAAGGUGCUCUGAUCAAACUGCUGGACUGUGUGCGCAAUGCUGGCAGUGCGAAGGUCAAAUGGAAUGCUUGUUAUGCUCUUGGCAAUUUGGUUAAGAAUCGUGCCCUGUUCACAACGCCAUCCUCUUGUGUCCAGAUGUCCAACUUACUCUUUCCAACACUGUCACAACUCAUUGUCCAACAUGGUAAUUUUAAAGUGCGCAUCAAUGCCACCGCUGUCCUCCUGCAAGUGGAACAACGUUCCGAUUUCGGGUCACAUUACACUGAAGUCUGGCGCUCUCUAUUGGCGGCCACCGAACGGUCCAAUGCCUUGGAUAGCUAUGAGGAAUACAAUCAUCGGGACGCACUGCAGCAGCAACUGUGCCUGGCCAUGGCUCAUCUGUUGAAUAUGGCGCGUUCGGAUGAUUUGCCCGCCUGCCGUUCGGCUCUAGUGGACCAUUUGGAUGUGGUCACAUCUACAUGGCGACGUGUCGCCUAUCGCAUUAUCGCAGAACAAGCUGCACCGCUCUUCACCUGCAGUUCAUUGCUUACAAAGCGCAUGCAUUCCAAUCCUCUAACGUCGUUGAGUGGCGAGCAACGUUCCGCUUUGGACUACAUUUCCGAUGCACUGCGUCUGGAGAGCUAAUAAUACUCCGCCAUUUAUUUAUUGAAACCAAAAUAAAGAUAAAGAUA